UACUUUAUUCAAUUUUAUGUCUCGGAGAGGAUUUCUCUUUCUUGACUGAAUCUGUGUGGCUUCUUCACUCCUCCAGUCGCCGGAGCAGAUUUUGCAGCCAAUUGCUGCCAGUGGACUUACGAUUUUGAGUAUAGUGUCCCUCCUUCUAUCAACUGCGAAGUAUCACUGUCCAAUUGGGUAAAUUUUUUUGUCAAAAUGUACUGCUGCCCACUCUCACCUUCAAAACAGAGACCUUAUUCAUCUGCUCAUUUUCUUUCUCCUUCAGCGACAUAUUUUGGGAUUUGUAAUGCAAGCAAAAGGCUGUCCAUAUCUCUAAUUAAUUUGGGAAAUGAAUCAGAGCAAUCGGUUACUACUUCGAGACUAAAUUAUGGGUUCCGUCGUGCAACCAAAAGGGUGUCUAUUUCACUGACUAGUUUGGGAAAUGGUGAUCGUUUGGUCAAUGUCAGGUGUGGAGAGUUGGCUGUGGAGCAUGAUGAUGGGUUUUAUAUAAGAAGGUGUGUGGAGAUUGCAAGGAAAGCAGUUGGGCAUACCAGUCCUAAUCCUAUGGUUGGGUGUGUAAUUGUUAAGGAUGGGAAGAUUGUAGGUGAAGGUUUUCACCCUAAGGCUGGCCAGCCACAUGCUGAGGUUUAUGCACUCCGAGAUGCUGGUGAUUUAGCAGAAAACGCAACAGCCUUUGUGAGCUUGGAGCCAUGUAAUCAUUAUGGAAGAACUCCACCUUGCACUGAGGCAUUAAUCAAGGCCAAAGUGAAAAAGGUGGUUGUCGGGAUGGUGGAUCCAAAUCCUAUUGUAGCUUCAACUGGUGUAAGAAGAUUAAGAGAUGCAGGUAUUGAAGUGAUCACAGGUGUUGAAGAAGAACUCUGCAGGAAGCUUAAUGAAGCUUAUAUACAUCAAAUGUUGACCAGAAAGCCAUUUGUCACACUCAGGUACUCUCUUUCAGUUGAUGGUGGUCUCUCGGAUCAGCUGGGUGCAGAAGUCACAGAGUCUAGUGGAUACUAUUCAAAAUUGUUACAAGAAUAUGAUGCAGUUGUUGUUUCUUCUUUCUUGCUGUCAACAAAGCAUUCUGUUCUUUCAUCUAAAGAACCAGGAGCAAAGCAACCUCUUCAGAUAGUAUUAGCAAACAGAUCAGGUUCACUACAACUCCCUGCCGUUACAGCGAUAUCAUCUAAAACUAUAAUCUUUAGUGAUGAGGAGAUUGUUAUGGAGCUUGAAGCAAGUCAAAGAGGGAUAGAGACAGUAGUUUUGGAUAGGAUGAAUUUAACAGCUAUCCUUGAACAUUGCAAGCGUCAAGGACUGUGCAGUGUGAUGCUGGAUUUGAGAGGAAACUCUGCAGAAUUUGAGGAAAUCCUGCAAGAGGGUUUUGAACAAAAUUUGUUUCAGAAGGUUAUUGUGGAAGUGUUGCCAAUUUUGGGUGCAGGUUAUAAAGAGGCUUUCAAAUAUAUGCAGCAAAACCGAAGGCUGAAGAAUUUAACAUCGAGGAACUUAGACGAAAGUAUUCUUCUGGAAGGAUAUUUCUAAGUGGAUGGAAGAUUUUAUGAUGAUGGUGAUCAUACAAGGUUAUUUUCCACUUAUCACUGAAAGAUGCAACAAGUCUACAAGCAUAUCAAAGUUACAUUCCUGCCUCUAAAAGAGGGAACUUGAUUUCUGAACUAGUCCUACUUUAUUCAUGCCACUUCAAACUAUACUGAAAGGUCCAUGGUGAGAUCAAGCUUCUCUUAUCAACGUUGUAGAACUAACUGUGCUUUGUACUAGAGUCUUAUUCCAUUCAAGUUUUUUUAGAAAAUGUUUAAGAUAAACACGUAAUGUUGCUUCCCGUUGUUGCAUUUCAAUUGACAAUAAAGAUGUCUGCAUUUGGAUCUCCA